AUGGAAUCAACACCACCGGCUGAUGCCAAUACUGCUCCAGUGCCUGCACUUGACCUGAUCCUCGAAGAUCAAUGCCGUGAUUUUUCGAUAGCUGAUGUAACCCACAUCAUCGUCAAACUUCCGUUGGGGAUACUGAACUCGAUCAUGGAGUCUUGUGCCGUGAGCAACAAUCCAAACCAACCACGGCUCUUCAGGGAAUUCAUCGGAAAGGCAAUAUCGAAAGCUUUCUUUGGUGACGUGCAGCAACUGCAGUGCAUGAAGUCUAAGCAGAUCAGGAACGUGGAGUACGUUGGAUACAGGAACGUCCGGAGAACAGAAACUCCCAUAAAGACUCCUCAAGUCAUCGUGGUGGCUCUCUUGGAACCUGUUCCCGGCCAGAACUUGAAGGCGGUUUGGAAGCCUGCCCCAGAACUCACACCUGAAAAGAUUCGAGAGCGUGAGUCUCUGACGCCGUGGGAUUCAAUCAAUAUGCUAACAGUGUGA